AUGCCUCCAACUUCGAGUUACUGCUCUUUACCUGUAUUUUAUCGUCUUAAGAAGGGCUCAAAGACCAGCACUUUUCAGAAACGCUCAGACCUGGCAGAAUCCAUUCCAGUCUCUGCCUUCCUCAGAUCCAGAGGCUGCAUCCUGACAGGCAGGCCGGGGCCUUACCUCCACCUGCACUCUGGUGGGGGUGUCCCUGCAGACACUGGCGGGGGCCGUAUGCCCCUCCAAAGCAGCUUCUGUCUGCUGCUGGCCACAUGGCUUAUGUGCCUGCUGAGAUGUGGCAGCUGGGGGCUGCUCCCCAAGCCUUGUAUUUGUGGUGCUGAGGCUGCUGCUUAG